AUGAGCACAGGUGAAAUUGACUACAGUGGUUUUAUGUAUAGCGACAAUACUACAGCAUAUUAUAAGUUAGGUCAUAUCAUGCUUGUUCUUUUCGCUAUUGCUAUGACUAUUCUUGUUUCCAAUCUUCUUAUCAGUUUGGCUGUUGGUGAGAUUGGACCGCUGAUGAGUACAGCUAAGAAUCAUCGUCUUGAUAUGUUAAUACGAUAUUUAUGCAUUGCAUUACAACAUGAAAAACGAUUUGAAAAUAAUAUUAAUGGUUCAAAUCAUCUAUCACCUAUAAAUGAAAAUGAUCUUCCUAUAUUAUCACAACUAACAAAUUUCAACUUACUCAUUGGUGCAUCAUGUGAUAUUUGGUCGAUUUCUUCUAUAUUACAUUGUAUGCCUAAUAUUAAACAUUUUUAUUUUUAUCUUUUAGUACAAACAUCAUCAUGGCCAUUUACUAAUCAAUAUCUUGAUGGAUAUGUAUGGCAACAAAUAUUAGAAAAUAAUCUUUCAUAUUUACCAAAAUUUGAAUUUCAUAUGACUAUUACAAAAAGAAUACCAAAAUUAGAUUUAGAUUUUGUUAUUAAUUCAUGGAUAUAUGGUUCUCGUCUUCAAGAUGAACUUAUUAUAUUACGAACAAAGAAUUAUAUCAAAGGCAAAUUUACUGCAAAAAUAAAUAUUUCUUGUAUUCAUUGCAGAACAUUUGAAACACGAACAACAGAAAAAACAAUUGAUGACCAUUAUUCAUUUUAUUCUGAUAUAACACAAUUAAUAUUAUAUAUACAAAAUAAAAAAUCAAAUGUUACUUGGUCUUUUCCUUUAUUUCAAAAUGUUACUAAUCUUCUUGUAGAAAUGCCAAUAAUAAAAUCAUCAUGGUGGAAAAAUUUAUUUAAUAUAGUUAAUUUUCGACAAACAACUAAUGAUAACAAUGCACAAGAAAAUCUUACUUAUCUGUCAAAAUUUGUUUAUUUAACAAAUAUAACUCCAUUAGAAUUUCCAUCAGCAUUUCAUGUUAAUCGAUGGAAAGAUAUUGAAUUUAUUUUAAAGUAA